CCGACUACUACUUGAACUGUGGCAAGACGCAGGCACGCAGCAUCUUUAUUCAGAGGGUCAGUGGCUGAGGUUGACCUUUCACUUGGAUCCAUGGCUGGGCUCAGGGUCGAGCUGCUGGUGGGGCUGGUUGGGCUUCUGCUGCUGUCGGUGCAGGGCUGGGAGCGGAUCGACGACACGAAGCUCCUCAGUCUCUACGAGGCCGGGCGCUGGGCUGAAGCUCGUGGCUUUGCUUUGGAAGAUGACAGCACUGGCUAUGAGGACAAUGUAGUGCAAAUUCCUGAAGAUGAACUUCCUGAGGUUGAAGGUGCUGCCACCAGUAACAUCGAUGCUUUUGCCGACCAUGGAUUCCAUGUGGAAGGUGACCAUUCUGAUUCAAGUCAUUGGCCCAGCGGUACAAAUGAUCAAAUCGAGGUGGAAUUUGUGAAAGCCCCACCAAGGAGUUGGACCAGUAGUACCAGGGAUUCUAAUGGCCUAGAUGUUGUCUGUACUGAAAAUGGCUUCCAAAUUACUCUGCAGACAGGGCAAUUAAGUGAAGUUAAAGUUUUGGGCUCAACCGACUUGUUGCCUGUCAUGGAUGCUCCAGAGUCUUGUGGUUAUGAUGUGAACCCUCUUGGGAACACUUUGACUGUACCUUUUGGUGGAUGCCAUGUAAAACAUUCCUUUCAGACGGACAGCUACAGCCUGCAGUUACUGUACAUCAAUGAGUUUGGUCAGACACAAGUUGCUGCAGCGACUUGUGAAGAAAGUCUGAAGUUUGGCCCUGGCCUGCGUCCUCGCGCUGUAGCCCAAACUAAGGAAAAGUGCAAUAAGCCAUCACCAGCACAAAAUUGUGCAGUUCCUACGGGGGAGCGGGUGACUUGUGGCACGUCAGGAAUCUCCUCCACAGAUUGUGAAAAGAUGGGCUGCUGUGUGGAUUCUUCGACAUCAGUUUGCUACUAUCCACUGGAUGAGUGCACUGGGGAUCAACACUUUGUGUUUGCCAUUCGCUACGACUCUGCAUCCAUCCCUGUGGACACCACCAAGCUUGUUAUUUCUGGAAAUGCAGAUUGCAAACCAGUUAUUGUUAAUGACAAGGUCGCUAUCUUCAAGUUCAAAGUUACAGAAUGUGGUACCCGUGCCUAUGAAGUGGGUGAGACAAAGAUCUACUUGGCUGAGGUGCAAACAGUUGUCCAAGCUCUGAACCUAAAGUAUGGUGUAAUUACAAGAAGCGACCCACUCAGAUUCAUGGUUGAGUGCCGCUACAGCAAAGAUGGUAAUGCUCAGCAGUCACUGGCCAGCGUUGGCUACAUGGUCAAGACCCCAUCAUCCGGGUUACCAUCCUCAGUUAUCGCCACUGGCUUGUAUGCUGCUCAGUUGAGAAUUGCUACAGAUAGUACAUACUCAAGUUACUUGCCCACUUACCAUCAACCCUUACGACUGCUCCUUGGCAAACCGGUGUAUCUUGAACUGCGUCUGAGGUCUCCCAAACCAGACGCCGUAAUUCUCGUCAACUACUGCCUAGCUUACCCUCGCUCUGCAAAGAAUGCACUUGUGCUUGUUUAUGAAGGCUGUGCCAACCCUUAUGACACCAACGUGUCCAUCCUUAAAGUCAGUGAUCUUCCCAAAAACCGCAACCAGAGGCGCUUCAUGGUCACUGCCUUCCAGUUCAUGGAUCAAAAGACAAACAAGUACCUUGAUGAAGAAAUUUAUUUCAUGUGCUCUACGGAAAUUUGUUGGCCAUUAGAAAAGACAUGUGAAGAGCGGUGCUUUGAUGGAAAGGCACCAUAGGGAUUUCCUGGAACACCUACUGAGAUGAACUGAAACAAUAAAUGCAACAUUUUAUACUA